AUGGCAGCUGUCCUGUUGCCGACCCCUGCUUUAAUUCCCCAUCAUGUGACCAACCGCCUAGACUACCACUGUUCCCUUGUCCCCGAGGCACUCCGACGCCGGCCGGGCGCAGGACUCCUCACGCGCUUCGGUCCAACGAGUGGCCGCCAACGAGUGGCCGCCAACGAGAACACCGUCCACAGGCCACACGCAUCCGGGCAACUGGGCCAGCCUCCCAGGCCUCCCGCCCCCACGCCCCUGGCUUCCUCCGCGUGCUUGGCCCUUCCGCACCACACGGCCACCCGCACACCUCGUCUCCUAGGCCGUGCUCCGCGGCCCAGGCCGGCGGCCAAUGGCUGCCGCCAUCUUGCCCAGCAGGAGUUCCCAAAUGGGGCUGGGGCUCCUGAGCGCCGCGCUGCUGUUCGUGGGGAGCGCUCUCCCGGACUCCGGACUCGACUCACUUUCGGAAAGGACUGGGCACAGCUCCUGGCGGGAGCAGAUUGUGGGACAGCACCACUUGCAGAUGUAUUGGAAGGGUCUCGGAUAAUAGGGGGCACAACAGCUCAAACUGGCGCGUGGCCAUGGGUAGUUAGCCUGCAGAUUCAAUCAGGCAAAAUUCUGGCUCAUAUAUGUGGGGGAAGCCUAGUGAAAAAUAAGUGGGUCCUCACAGCUGCCCACUGCACUAAGGACACUAGAGAUCCUUUAAUGUGGAGAGUUGUGAUUGGAACUAAUAGUAUAAAAGGGCAUCAUCCACACUCCAAGAAGAUGAAAGUUAAAGCAAUCAUUAUCCAUCCAGACUUCAAUUUGGAAACUUAUGUAAAUGAUAUUGCACUAUUUCAUUUAAAAAAAGCAGUGAGGUAUACUGACUAUAUUCAGCCUAUUUGUCUGCCUUUUGAUGUUUUCCAAAAACUGGACCAAAACACAAAGUGUUUUAUAAGUGGCUGGGGAAGAACAGAAGAAGGAGGUAAUGUUACAGAUGUGUUACAGGAAGCAGAAGUGCAUUAUAUCUCUCGAAAGAUUUGCGACUCUGAGCAAAGUUAUGGGAAAAUUAUUCCUAACACUUCAUUUUGUGCAGGUGAUGAAGAUGGGAUUUUUGAUACUUGCAGGGGUGAUAGUGGUGGACCAUUAAUGUGCUACUUACCAGAACAUAAACGAUUUUUUGUAAUGGGAAUUACCAGUUAUGGAUAUGGCUGUGGUCGAAAAAAUUUUCCUGGUGUCUAUUGUGGGCCAUCCUUCUACCAAAAGUGGCUGACAGAUCACCUCUACCAGGCAAGCAAUAAAGGCAUAUUUAACAUAAAUAUUCUACUUGGACAGGUCCUUGUAGCCUCAGGUUCUGUUGUCUUACUAGCAAUUCCAUCAUGAAAUUCUGAAGAAUCUUUAUUUUGCAUUGUGUCCCUCUCCAUGUUCUACAUAAUGAAUAUCAUUUAUUCUUUUGGCAAGUAAUUGCCCAC